AUGCUGGAAAAAAAACUAUGGCCUGCUCUGAUUGCGGAAAAUGACGAAGAAUCCGUGCAAGUUCAAACUUUGACUGCAAACAUAGCCGAAAUUGCAAAUGGAAUAGGACGAGAUGGGUUCGAACAGAUAGAAUCAAGUGACAUUCAGGAAUUGCUUGAAUCGCAAGAUGAAGAUUUGACUGAAACCGACUUGGAGGAAAUGUUAAAUUCACAGCCCAUUGAAGAAGAGGCUUCCACUAGCACUGAAAAUGUGACAUUUACUCUGAAAAAUCUUAGUGAAGUUGGUCAGGUUCUCAUUCUGCCGAUAGGUUUUGAUGAUGUGCAUUAUGCAGGUUUUUGUAAUUACUAUUUAAUGUAUGGAAUAAUAUUUAGAAACAGAGAAGAAGAUGAGAGGAUGUCUGUAGCAGCUAGUAAGGCAAGUACAAAGAUAAAAAAACUGAAGAAAGGAAAAUGGAAAUGGAGAGUGAAAAAGAACGUAGGAUUUGCUGUUUGGAAAGAUACCAAACAAGUUAAUGUUGUUAGCACAGCAUUCCAUCCCAAACAAAAAAGAAAUUGCAACAAGACCCAAAAAGAUGGCUCAAAAAAGUCUAUCAGAUGCCCUUUACUUAUUCCAGAAUAUACAAAACGUAUGGGUGGAGGCGAUCAUUUCGACCAAUUACGACCACAUUAUGCUGUAGGUAGAAGAAGUCGCAAGUGGUGGACUCGAAUUUUCUACUUUUUUAUAGAUGUUGCGAUAACUAAUGCGUAUUUAAUAUACAAAACAAACAUCCGAGUGCACAGCGUUAUGAACCAAAAAGAAUUUAGAAUUGCUCUUUCAAGAAAACUGGUGGAUAAUCAAACGUUUAGAAAAAGAUCAUUCCAAACAAUGCCGAAACAUAUAACAAAAAAAAAGAAACGAGUGGAAGAGAGUGAUGAGCGACAAAAAAGACUUUGGGGUACCAACGAAGCAAAAAGAACUUAA